AUGUUCAAAUCAGUAUUUCCAACGCUCGACAUUCCUAAAACCAAUAUCCUCUCCUACCUUUAUCCUACGAAUCAAACGGUAUCCGACAACCCAAUAUGGAUCGACGCUGAAGACCCCGCAAAGUCACUUUCUCCCCGCCAGAUGCUGUCGUGGGUGCGUCGUCUAGGCUUUGGUCUGGAUAGACUCGGAGUAGAAAAAGGAGAGGUGGUCAUGAUCAUUACACCAAAUCAUAUAUUUGUACCGGUUGCAUACCAGGGCAUCGCGGGAUCUGGCCGAAUCUUCAGCGGGGCCAAUCCGAUCUAUAAAGUACCCGAGAUCCAGCACCAGCUGAAGAAUACAAGUGCGAAAGUUAUCUUGACUCAUCCAAGCCUCAUCCAGACUGUCCUGGAGGCUGCCCGCGGAGUGGGAUUCCCGGAGGAUCGCAUCUUUCAGUUUUCCGAUCGCCCUUGCCGCGCCGUCUAUGGUAUUCUUGACUGGAGAGAAAUGCUGGGAUCCGAGGAAGAGGCAAAUAUGUGGAAGUGGGAUGACUUGAGGGAGAGUGCAGAUUCCACAAUAGCCACCAUCAAUUAUUCUUCAGGGACUACUGGCCUACCGAAAGGCGUAUGCGUGUCACAUUACAACCUUAUCGCGAAUGUUGAACAAUCAAUUUUUACUCGUGACCAGGAAACCCCUUAUGCGGCUGUUCCUGGAGCUCGCCCAGCAGAGAGAUGGGUCGGCUUUCUUCCACUAUACCAUGCGUACGGUAAGAUGCUCCCAAACCACUUCAACCCAACCCCUAAACACUACUUACAAUUCCCAGGCCAACUCUAUGCGAAUCUGAUGGCAGGUAAACUGGGGGUUCCUAUCUACAUUAUGCAGAAGUUUGUUUUCGAGGACUUUUUACGGGUCAUCCAGAAAUACCGAAUCACCAAUCUCCAAGUGGCUCCGCCUAUCUUGAUCAUGCUUGAUAAACGACCUGAGACGUCGAAAUUUGAUUUGAGCAGCAUCAAGAAUAUCUUGUGUGGAGCAGCACCGCUUUCCAGAGAACUUCAAAACACCAUACAAAAGAAUUUGAAGUUGAAUGUCGUUCAAUCCUGGGGGAUGACAGAGCUUACGUGUAGUGGGCUCUAUGUCCCUGGUGGUCGCACCGAUGAUUCAGGCUCUAUUGGUAUGCUUGUUCCAAAUUGCCAAUGCAAGAUUCUUGACGAGGAAGGAAAGAUUAUCUACGCAGGUGAGCCCGGUGAGCUGUAUAUCCGAGGCCCCAAUGUUUGCAUGGGUUAUUGGAAGAAUGAGCAAGCUACCCGAGAGAGUCUCGAUGAAGAGGGCUGGCUCAAAACGGGAGACGUUGUUAUUGUCCGCGAUAAUUCUUUUUGGGUCGUUGAUCGCAAAAAGGAAUUAAUCAAAGUUAAUGGUCUACAAGUGGCCCCUGCAGAACUCGAAGCCGUGCUCCUGGAGCAUGCCGAUGUCGCAGAUGCCGGGGUGGUUGGUAUCACAAUAAAUGAAGAAGAACGGCCCCGAGCCUACGUUCGGCUGCAGGAUGGUCCAGCCUCCAGUACUUCAAAGGCUCAAAUCCAGGACUACAUGAAAAUCCGCGUCGCGAAGCACAAGCAACUCACUGGUGGUGUCAUAUUCGUGGAAGAAGUUCCGCGAUUGGCAAGUGGAAAGAUCCAGAGAAAGGUUCUCAAGGAGUGGGCUAAGCGCGAUGCUGAGUUGCCUGGCCCACAAUUAUCUAAGCUAUAG